UCCAUUAGUACUUGUAUUUGUGAAAAAAAUUACCCGUGUGAGAUAGAUCAAACUGUCUCCAUCCCUUCUUCUCCUUCUUCUGCUUAAACCCUACAUAAAAACCCAUUUUUAUAUAUAAUUUCUUCUAAUUUAAUUGAAAUGUUCAAAAAGUUUACCUCGGAAGAUGUAUCCGGGCAAAAUCAAGUUAAAGCUUCUGUGCAAAGAAGAAUUCGACAAAGUAUUGCUGAUGAGUAUCCAGGACUAGAACUAGUUUUGGACGAUUUGCUUCCGAAGAAAUCACCUCUCAUUGUUGUUAAAUGUCAAAAUCAUCUGAAUCUGGUUGUCGUGAACAACGUGCCGCUGUUUUUUAACAUACGUGAUGGCCCAUAUAUGCCUACUCUACGACUCCUUCAUCAGUAUCCAACCAUAAUGAAGAAACUACAAGUAGAUAGGGGUGCAAUAAAAUUUGUCCUUGCUGGUGCAAAUAUCAUGUGUCCUGGUCUUACAUCACCUGGAGGCAUCUUAGAUGAGGAAGUCGGUGCAGAAACUCCAGUGGCAAUAAUGGCUGAGGGAAAGGAACAUGCUCUUGCCAUUGGCUUUACGAAAAUGUCAGCAAAAGAUAUAAAGGCAAUUAACAAGGGCAUUGGUGUGGAUAAUAUGCAUUAUCUUAAUGAUGGCCUCUGGAAGAUGGAGCGUCUUGAUUGAGCUCGAGCUGGAGCAUCUGAUGUGAAACAGUAUUUCAACAUUAAGACAAGCUGCAUUCCUUGUCGCAAAUACACCAUGUCCUUUGAUAUCCUUUUGGGAUUUUUUACUCCUUUCAUGUAAGUUUAUAGCAAAGCCUAAAAGAGGGUUGCCCGUAUACGAUUUGGUUUUUGAAUUGCAUGAUUGUUUCUAAUUCUCCCCUUUGUUAUUGUGUGACAUUGUGUCUCACUACGGCAAAUUGCAACUGAGCCCUUCAAGCCUUUGGUAUUGGGUUAUAGAUCAUUUGGUAGUUAUUUGAUUUGUCUGGUAGUAUAAGCAUAUAAUUUUGCAACUUUGAUUUUGUAUCUAGAGUUCAAAUGUUACAAAUGGUAUGAUAGUAAUCCUUGGAUGCCUAAUGUCCUGUAACGAGAUGGUUAGCCGUGCUUUGCUGCUUGUAUUGAAACAUUGGGUUUUCAUUCA